AUGGCGGAAAAUUUUCCAUCAACAUUAUUGGUCUUGGUUGGGGUAGGGCUGGCAGUGCAUGACAAACAGCUUUCAAAAUUGUUUAGUGGAGUUCCAUUGAUAAUGGCUUAUGCAUGGAAAACCAGUGAAGGAUCAGAAGAAACAGGUCCAGACACAGCACAACUAGCUGAACGUCAAACACCGGAAGAUGAGAAUGCGCAAGACAAAGGUAACUUAAACUACGUAAUCAUAAAUUAUUUGAUAGUGCGAUUUAAGAACGAUAACAUCAAAUUUUAGCUGGAAGGAUCAGAAUUGUGACGAAUUACUAUGAUAAAUUAUCAAUAUUUUAAGAUCUUAGUUCAAUCGAAGUUAUAGCAUUAUUUUUAAAUUAUAGGAAAUAAUUUUGUUAUAUUUUCAUUCUAAUUUGUCCAUUGAAGGAUCAGAAGAAACAGGUUCAGACACAGCACAACUAGCUGAACGUCAAACUCUGGAAGACGAGAAUGCACAAGACAAACGUAACUUAAACAACGUAAUCAUAAAACAUUUGAUAGUGCGAUUUAAGAAUGAUAACAUCAAAUUUUAGCUAGAAGGAUCAGAAUUGCGACGAAUUACAAUUAGCAAUAUCUGAAGCUCUUAGUUCAUUGGAAGUUACUGUAUAGCAUUUUUUUAAAUUAUAGUAAAUAAUUGGUUAUAUUUUCCUUCUAAUUUGUCCAUUGAAGGAUCAGAAGAAACAGGUCCAGACACAGUACAACUAGCUGAACUUCAAACUCUGGAAGAUGAUAAGGCACAAGACAAAGGUAACUACUACGUAAUCACAAAGGAUUUAGUAAUGCGAUUUGGCAAUGAUAACAUUAAAUUUUAACUAUAUAUAGAAGGAUCAGAAUUGUGACGAAUUAUACUGUAAUAAAAUAUCAAUAUCUUGACAAGCUGAUUGCAAGUUAUAGCAUUUUUUGAAAUCAUAGCAAAUACAUUUUAUUAAUUAUUAAUUUUUUUCCCAUUGAAUGAUCAGAAGAAACAGAUCCCGACACCAGACAACAAGUUAAACUUCAACCUCCGGAAGAUACAUGA